ACUAAUACUGCUGCUGCUGUUGUUCUCUGUACGAAACUGCACACAAGCGCGCGUUACUUCAAGAUGGGCAGCUCUAAGAAAGUGAUUGAACUCUUCUACGAUGUGGUGUCUCCUUACUCCUGGCUGGGGUUUGAGGUGCUCUGUCGCUACAGAAAUGUGUGGAACAUUGAGCUUAAACUCCGCCCUGCAUUUCUGGGUGGAGUCAUGCAGGGUUCAGGGAACCGCCCUCCAGCCAUGGUGCCCAAUAAAGCUCUGUACAUGAUGAAGGAUGUAAGGCGAUUGGCCAACUAUUUUAAUGUCCCAGUGCGCUCCCCGUCCAACCCGUUUGAGGUCAUGUUUGAGAAAGGUUCUCUUAAUGCUAUGAGGUUUUUAACAGCAGUGCAGGAAAGUGAGAAGAAUGGAUUGGUGGAGAAAGUAUCUAGAGAGUUGUGGAACCGAAUAUGGAGUACUGACCAGGAUAUUUCUGAACCUGGAUCUCUCUCUGAGGCAGGACAGAAUGCAGGCUUAUCCUCCACUGAGGUGAAGGAAUUACUCACGAUGUCCAAAUCUCAACCAAUCAAAGAGAAGCUGAAGCUCACCACGCAAGAGGCUCUCAACUACAAGGCGUUCGGGUUUCCUCUCAUUGUGUGUCAUGUGAAUGGAAAACCUGAGGUCUUCUUCGGAUCGGACCGUUUUGAGCUCAUGGCUCACUGCAUCGGAGAGAAGUGGCUCGGUCCUGAACCUGACAAGUCAAUGUCCAAACUUUAAUCCCUCUAAAAAAGCCUCUUUAUAAUAAACUGUAAUGUUGAGUAGUUUAUAUAAAAAAUCUGCUGUCUGUGUGUGGUGGAUGAGGCGAUUGCUCUGUUGGAGUGUGGAGGUGGAGGAAUGAAGAACAAGUGAGAUGUUAGAUAGCAGUGGCUGAAGAUUAACUGUAAUAGUGAAGAACCAGUUUUACUGGAAGUGAGGAACCCACAGCAAAAGGGAAUGUUAUAAAAGAAGAGAAAACAAGUAAAGAAAGGAAGAUUAAGUGUAUUUACUGUAAUAAUUGUGAAUAAAUGAAUUAAUCAGCA